GCCCAACUUGAUUGUCGUAUGUGCCAGCACCACAAUCGGAUCAGACAAUCAUUCCAUUUUACCAGUUAAUUGCCAUCGUGGGCGCGACCCUAAUGUAGCGGAGAACGACCUGGUGAACGUCGUGUCGAUACCAAGAAGUAAGAGUAAGUUUAUGAAAUGUCUAUUCUAGACGAUCGCGAGGCUUAUAAAAAUAAUUCUUACUUCAGUGAAGAGAACAGGAUUAAAGGAGACUUCAGCCCAUUCUACGUAGCAAUUAGCAUUUGUUCUGUGAUUGGAUUUUUUUUGAUAAUUUUGAAUGUAACUUUUUGUUACUGUUCGCAAUACCGUGCUUACUGGCGCGACAGAAAUACAGGUAAUCGUUGGAUUCAAUCUCUCUGGACAGUUACACCUCAUAACAAUCCACCACUAGAUUUAACUGAACUUGAAGAAGGUAUCAAAGUAUACAAAGCUGUGACCCACGAAGAGGUUCAGUAUCAUCCUGAAAUAAUUGAACGACCAGAAACUCAUUACCAGCCACAACAGUAUAUGGAACUUCAGAAACGAGAGAGUGAUAUCUAAUUAUUUUUUGAGACUUUGUGAAAUCUUGACUGCAGCACAAAUAAUUUAUUAAAAAUGUCUUUUCACGUAUUUUGGCCAGCAUGUGCUAUUUUAACACUUUUUGUUGUGGGAGUAAUAAUGUAUAUACUCAAAA